CAUACAAAAACCAAGUCCUUUUUAACAUUCACUUCAUGGAACCUCCCGAGUGUCUCCAUCGCGGCGAGUUGUGGCAAUUCAGUGCGCAAUACGGCGGCUGGUUGGCCGUCAAGUUGCUGCUCUUCAGCCAUGCGCUCGUAGUGGACCCAGACGCAGACAUCGGCACGCCUCGCCGGCGUCGCAACUCGCUCAAGCUGUGGAUGGACUUGUGUCUGGUCAAGGACAUCACCAAAGUGCACAAGGAGGCAACAGUUCGACGCAGUAGCUACAGCCAAUCGCAGUGCGCUGCCAGAUUCAAAUUCACCGUAGAGACCAAGACGCUCAAGCUCCAGUUCGCCACAGCCACAACGGAACAAAGGGACGAGUGGCUGCACUGUCUGUCACUCGCCAUUAAGCUGCACGCCACGCACGAGAUGAAAGAGGGUACGUUUAGGAUAAUUAGUGAUAAUUCUUAUAUUUGGACUAAAAUGGGUCUCAGAAGGCGCGGCAUUCCUGAGAUUCGCGUCCAGCGGGUCCGAAGACAGCGAAGAGGAGAAUCGACUGUCCAGUCCGGUAUCUUGGUCCGCGGAGAACGCGCUGCGAUCAGCACAAUUGCUGUCACAACGGGCUCGCCCCACAGCGACGCAGGUCAGUGCUAACAAGUGAAAAAUACAGACACAGCUGAAGACUGACAGUCUGUUGCAAGGCACUGGCUGAGAAUGUGAGGAGUUCAGUGUCGUUGAUGAUAUUAAACAUCACGGCGAAGGACGAGAGUGGCUUCAGUGUGUCGACUAUUGUGCCUGUUAGUGAGGCUUCGCAGGAGAGUGUGAGUGUUCAUCAAGUCAAGUUGGAUGCCAUUCGACAGAUGAAAGCUGAGCUACAACGACCGGAGAAUAAGGACAAACUCUCGACGCCGGAUCUUCUGCAUCUUCUUCGACGUGAUGCAGACAGCUUCGUGUUGCAUCUUGAUAUUGGCGAUCAGUGGCUGCAGGAUGAACAGCAGUCUAUUGGUCACUGUAUUCUCGGCUGUGCUAGUCGUAAGAUUAACCUCGAGCUGGUUCCGAUGAACAGAAUGCCGCAGCCUACGCUCAACUUGGCUAUUGUCGGAACCAAGAACAAGAUCAGCGACCUGUCCCAGCGUCCGUACACUUGCUACCUUAUCGACGUGGUAUUUAACGGUACAACGUGGCAACUCGCUCGACGUUACAAGGAGUUUGAUGCGCUGUACAGCCAAUUGAAGAGCAAGUAUCCUGGUACGGCGUUGCCUGGUUUACCUCCCAAGCACGUGUUCACUCCGAUUGAAGGCGAGUUUAUCAACAACCGCAAAGAACAGCUCGAAGCGUUUCUGAAACAACUGCUACUGCACCCGAUUGCUAGCAUCGACGUACUUCUGAUGUCCUUCCUAGGUGUUGUAUCUAUCUCGCGGGACCCAGAGCUCGGCCACCGUGCAAAAAGUGUGAUUCAUGUGACGUCACUGCAUGAUAGUGUCGCUGUUGGUGACAUUAUUCUGUUCUCGUGCCGAUUUGGAGCCAGUCGACUGCAACGCAAGUUUACUGGGUCAAAAUACGACCACGUUGGUAUUGUAGUGCCGGGCGAGUCACGGUUCCUGCUUCGAAUCAUGGAGGCUACGUCAGAGGGUAUUCAAGUAUACGCUUUGAAGCCACGACUCAUGGCUUAUGCACGCGAAGUGUCCAACACAAUAGUCGUGCGGAAAAUCUCGAGUGAGCGCACUCCAGAGAUAACUGAAGUGCUGACAGAAUUCGUUCGUCGAGUGGACGGCAAUCCCUACAGCAUCUUCGGCAUCCUACGCUCAACAGGAGAAUCAGACCGCAGUAUUUUCAACUCGGUUCGUGUUACAAACAGCAUGUACGAAGAAAGUGACGACAGCUUCUCCAAUACUGGCGGCAGUAGCAACAGCUCGACGCCAUCGUCUCCUGAAGGGAGUGAGUCCACCAAGUCUCAACGCAAAUACUUUUGUUCCAGUCUGGUAGCAUCAGCAUGGAAAGAAUUGGGCUGGCUGCAGACGAAACGCAAGUCCAGUUCAUUCUGGCCCGGAAGUUUCGAAGAUGGAGGAGAAGCUGAACGGUUCUUAGCACCGGGUGUCGCUCUUGGACCGGAGACUGUGAUCGACUGUCGAAUAGUUGAAGUCGGUUUGUCAGCGCAGUGCUAACUGUACGAGUUAGACUAGAAAUAUUCCUCGAAAAAUGUUUCCAGCUUUUUCGCGAAUGGCAAAUACGGAUUGGCAUUGCGGUAAACGGCAAUUGCUGCUAAAGCCUCAACGAAUUCGGAGAAGACAAACUCACUGUCGGCAUCGUAUCCAUUGAUACUUGACGCUGUAUUCCCGAUCUCUCCAUCUUGUUGUACAAAGGCGACAAGCUGUUUGAUUCUUCCGUAAGGGAACAGCGCGUCGAUCAAUCGUUUGUCUUUCAACAAACUCUCAAAGUCGCUCAAGUCGAGAAGUUUGCCACGUGAUUGCGGAUUUUUGUUUCUCUGCGAGUACGAGAUAAAAAUUCGCUUUAACUUUUUCUCUUGAGCCUUGCAAACGUGUUGCACGUCAGGAUAAAUCAUUUGUUUCUUGAAAGUCAGACCUUGUUCUUGGAAUUUCUUCGUCAAUGGAACCACUUUGUCCACCACCAAAUCGACC